UUAAAUUUUUAUAUGAAUUGGUUGACGAAAAGUUCCGCAAAACCAAAAGUCAGAAGACAAAAGAGCAAGAAAAACAUUGGUAAAUUUGUCGGGUUAUGCUGAUACAUGAUAUAUGUAUAAUGCUGCACCUUUUUGGACAAGCUUUUAUAAACCCACAAUUAGAAAUUCCAUUCUUAAGUUUCUUAAUGCCUUUACAACUCUUAUUUAAAUAUGCAAAUAUUCUAAUAAAUAAAAAAAAACUAGCAUUUAAAGGUCAAAUACAAACUGAAUGAAGCGGAGAUCGAAUUUUUGUGAAUGGAAGUGAGGAAGAUCAAGUUGAACGAAGAACUACAAGCUUGGGAAUUCCAGCUUUGAGAUACGUUUAAUCAGAUGUAUGCGACAGGUGAGAAUCGGCAUGAAAUUUGCAUUAAUUCUUCGACCAUCUGAAAAAAAAAAACAUAUUUAUGAUAUAAACACAAUCAUCAAACGAGAUCUUUGGCCAACCCUGAGGCAUUCAUUUGUCACGUCGUAUUAAGGCAUCUGCAAGUUGACUUAAUAACCUUAACUAAUUUGCGGAUAAAAAGUUAUUAAUGAUGAAUAUUAUGCGGCUAAUCCAAUCUUUUUUGGCCGACCACCCCGAGCGAAAUUUAGGGAACCCACGAAUGGCCAAAUGUGAAUCGAAUCGAAUAUGUUAAGUCCGAGUCCAAAACACUCAAUGUCCACACCUCAGGUGGCGAUAGUCUAGCAUGUCUCAUUAAUAUUAAUAUGGCCAGCCAGUCAGUCGUUUGUCCAAAAACUAUGUAUCUAUGUAUCUUUGUAUCUUUCCAUCUGCGCUGAGGCCUUAGGCUCGCUUUUUGGGUUUCUUUUUCGCCUUCGCCGAGAUAAAUUGCCUUUAUUUAUAUUAGUUAAUAUUUAAUCUUUAACGCCAUUAAUUUUAGUUGAGCGUAUUAAUUGCUGCUGAUCUCGCUUGUCAAAUCACUUUUUGCCUUUAUCUCAGAGUCUUUAUUAAUUUUUCGUCUUAUUUGUGUAUUUACAUUUCAAGUUUUUCAACUCGUUUUUCUUUUUCAGUUUCUCAGCUUCAGUUUCUUGGCGUUGGUUCUUUGUUAUUGCCUCUUUUUUUUUUUGACAGCAAAAGCGUGCUCUUGUGUAGACACACUCGUGUUGGCUGCUUUUUGUUUCUGGCUUUUGAUUAAUUUACUCUUGGCCGCGAACAGAAGCCGCAUCGAUUUGGUUUCUUUUCGAGGUAUUAAUUUAUUAAAAUGUUAAUUAAUUUGUCAGGCGUCGACAGCCGUCGAAUCCGCUUGAUAAAUAGUCCACAAAACGAGUUUGGAGGAGGAGGAGGAUGAGGAUGGGAAAAUCGAACCUAUUUCCCUUGCAAACAUGGCUGUGAAAUUUACGUGACUUAUAACUGAAGAAACAUUUGUGCUUGAAAUAUGUCGGAGAAGGAUAGAAAUAAGGCGCCGGAGCAGUUGGACGAUGAAACCAGUGAGGAUGAUUCAGGUCUGGCGAAUCUUGAAAAUCGACAAUCGAUUGACACCAAUGCAAUCAGCAUAUCGCCUUCGAUUCUGCGACCGAUUAAUACCCCUCGACCGGAUCUCUCAAAUGCCCCCUCGGUUGUCCUUUCCCUGCCGGAAGAUUCUGGUGUCAGCGAAGAAACGCCGGAGCAGAGGCAGCGGCGGAGGAUGAGGUUCCUCGAACUGCGAAGGGAGCACUACAACAACAUGCACAGUGAACAGUGCCACAUGGCGGACUACGACGACGAGGAUCACGCAAAGGAGCAACCGCCGACCGAGGAGAAAACCAAACCCAAAUAGGAAUUGGUUCCAUUAAAGCUCAAUCUAAUUAGUUCAUUCUGUAAACGUUAAAUUAUUAUUAUAGCAAAUUAAUUUUUUGCAA